GGAAAGUGUAUCUCUGCCCGUCGCUCGUCCUCGCCUCCCGCAGCAAUGGCAUCGGGCGAGUCCCACUGGGAGGAGUUCUAUUUGGGAUCGCGCAAAUUACAGUUUGUGGCUGAUGGGCUGGGAAUGCCCAUUGAUCAGGCCUUGGAGGAUCUUGUAAUGCCUCUGUGGGCUUCUCUAAUGCCUUCUAAAACUAAGUCUUAAGGGAUGAUGUGCCUCACCUGUGCAUGGUCAACUUCGUGUUUGGCCAGCUGAUGGCCUUAAUGCUGGCCUACAUAUUUAGAGUGUAUCUCCACCCAUCUCAUGUGUCGGCAGCAACACGUCACUGGGGCUCUCUCCUCGCAGGGCUGGGCAUCUCCUACUUCUGUUUUGGAAAACAGGUGUUGCUUGCCUUGGCUCUAGUGGUUGGGUGUUACCUGUUGAUGCUUCUUCUCCCAAUAACACUGGUGCAUCAUGUGACCCUUGCGUCGUCUAUAACCUUCCUCUCUGUGAUGCACAUACAACGGCAGCUGUAUGAAGAUGGGGUCUUUGUUAUUGACGUGACAGGUCCCAUGAUGAUCAUGGUGCAGAAGGCAACAUCACUGGCAUACAGCUUGCAUGACGGAUUGUCAGGGCUGAAAGAUGAAGAACUCACCCAACUACAGAAGGAGAUGGUGGUCAGGAAGAAACCAACAGCUUUGGAGUAUUUUGGAUAUAUGCUCAACUUCCAUUCCAUCCUGGCUGGGCCCUACUUCAUGUUUGCUGACUACCAGGAUUUUGUUGAGGGGACCCACUAUGCCAAGAGAGCUCUCCAGACCGUUGUCCCUGCGAGCUCUCUGGACAGCAACAGGAACAAGAGUCCCUCAGAAAGCAAGCUCACUGACUCUAAACUCAACUCCAGGCCUGAGGAUGAACCUAAUCCCAUGCCAGUUGCCAUGUACAAGGCUCUGGUGUCAGCAUUCAAUGCCUUUGUUACUGUAUAUUUUCUGCCAAAAUUCCCCAUUUCCUUUAUUACAGAUCCCAAGUUCUUCCAGAUGAGCUUCCUCUCACAGACUUUUUACAUCCUGGCUGUGACCUCUCUCACACGUCAUGUCUACUACACGGGCUGGAUGUUGGGAGACAGUAUAUGCAACAUGUCUGGGAUGGGAUUCAACGGAUACAGUGCUGAUGGACAACCAAAAUGGAACCUCGUCUCCAAUGUGGAUAUUCUUGGGGUCGAGUUUGGUCUGAGUCUGCGUGACACUUUGGAAGCCUGGAACAGCGGAACCAUGAAGUGGCUGCGCUUCAUGGUGUAUGAGAGGGCACCUACUCAGAAGACGCUGUUCACUUAUAUGCUGUCCUCCAUCUGGCAUGGCUUCUAUCCAGGGUAUUACAUCACCUUCGUGAGUGGAGCCUUCUUCACCAUUGCUGCAAGAAAUGUGAGGAGAUCACUUCGGCCGUUCUUUAUGACAAGAGGACCUGUCAUAAAGAAGGUCUACGACAUCAUCACGUGUAUUACAACACGUUUGUGCCUAGCCUACUUUACAUUCCCCUUUAUCUUAUUGAGAUUUUGGGGCAGCAUUGCAGUCUACAGAGAAAUGCUCUUCUUCCAGUUCUGGCUGGGAGCCUUUGCCAUUAUUGUGUUGCCGAAAAUCCAGUCACGAAGCUCUUCCAAGAAUCCCAAAGAGCACCUCAAGUGUCAGUAAAUGGCAACAUUACACCACCAUUGUCGAUGCAAAGGAAUCCAUCAACAUAUUUGAAAUAAAAAAAAAACAAAUUAGAAGCCUUGUUGAAGACACACAGAUACCAAAAUAUAUGUUGCUGUAGUCUUAUUUAGUGUCUGUGUAGUAGAGUCAUUGGUUAGGUCUCUUCAUUUGCUCUCAUCAGUGUCUUGUCAGUGAUUAUGCUCUAAUUAUAAAGUCUCUUGUGAGAUUAUUGUUCAUUUUUGAAAUCAGAUUUUUCAUUGCUACAAAGCAUAUGAAAGAUGUUAACAAUGGAAUGGCUAUGAUUAGUUUAGCUUUUGUGCAGAUGAACAUGACAUUGUAAUUUUUUUUAUGUGAUUGGAUUUGUAUUGAAACUCUUUAGUUUUUUAUAGUUAUCCAGUUUUUAUAUUUGUUUUUGUUGGUGUAUUAUCAUGUGUUUUUCUGUCAUACUUUUGGCAGUUCAACAACUAUUCCUCAGUGUUUGUUCCAAGCUAAUGGUUAUAUUAAGGUCAGAAUGACGUUUUGCCAUAUUUUGGUAAUGGGUUUUAAGUUUACUAAGGCCAUUGAGUCUCACAUGGUCAUUAAUUAGUCUAUUAAAAGUAUGCUCUGCAUUUGUGUGCUUGCAUGCUUGUGGAUUUUAUUGUCUUUAAAGCUAAAUUAUUUUUUAUGCUGUAAGAUUUUGCUGUACUAUUUAGGGAGAUUUUGUUAAUUUUCAAGGGAACGAUGAUGUCCUCUUGGUGUUAGCAACAGAUCUCGUUUUUCCACUUUUUCUUUUGUCUUUCUUUUUAUGUUGACUGUAUUUCAGUGCUAAUGUAAAGGAAACCCAUGUUAUUUGAGGGGAGUGUAUGGGCCUUUCUUUCUUUCUUUUUCUUUUUUCUUUUUUUUAAGCAUAUAUGUAUAGGCAGCUUUCUUUUGAGUGAACAGUGUCAUUCUACAAAUCUCUCUUAAUUUGUCUUAACUUCUUUUUGUAAGUUAGAAGUUCCUUAGGCUAUCAAAUACUGUUUUUAGAGUAUAGAAAACAUUAUUUGAGAUUAUUUUUUUCCAGUAGGACUUUCAACCCGUUCACUUUUGAGGUAAGAAUUCAGUCAGGUUUAUGUGGCAUAGUUAGAUACAUUUUUUGGAUAUAAAUGUAAUAAGAAAAGUCAAUAUGCAAGAAGUAAGGUGAAUGAUGUAAUGUUAAUUCUGAUUUUUUUUUUAUUUUUUUUUUAUUAACAUAGAGGACUGUUAUGUAAUCAUGCAAUGGAUAGACUUGCUAACCUAAAAACUAGCAUGAUAUUUAAAAUAUAUUUUUUCUACUUCAUCUUUCCUUAUGGUAUGAAAUGUAAUUUGUGCAUUAUUUUUUAUUUAUUUAUUUAUUUUUUUUUUUUUUUUCUUCCUCCCCCCUUUAUUAGUCUUAGUCCAGUGUGAAAGCUAAUGUUGGUAGUGGAAGUAGCAUUGGUAAUGUGAACGCCAUUUGUUUUGUGAAGUUAGUAUUUGAUAUUUGUUUUGUGAAGACCACUCCUUUCUUAAUGCAAGACAAUGGCAAAAUGAAUUAAACUGAAAAUGACAGAGAAGUGUGAGGUUGUGAUUUGUUUUAUUGUUUGUUUGUCUAUGGUAUAGGAAAGUUGUAAAGUUGCAGAGUUGUAAAAAAAAAGAAAGAAAAGAAAAUAAGUGAGAGAGAAAAAAAAAAAAGGAAAAAAGCUAAUUUUACAUUCUGGAACUAUGAAAUAUUUUGAACUUUUCCUAACAAUCUGUUAUAAUGAAAAGACAUGCAGUUAUUUAUUUUGUUUUCAAGCACAAGGUGAAUUUUUAUUUAGCACAACACAUGUAGUUUGUGUAAAUCAGAGUAAUAAACUAGAGCCUUCAGACAUUUGACAUGAAGGUCAUUAUUGUUUGGGAUCUUAAAAAAAAUACAUAUGUGUGUAUAUUUUUUACUUUUUGAAAUGUAACAUUAAUGGUGCUAAUAUUCAUCAACGAACAAAUGUAGCUUAAAAUUAAUCAAUGAGGUUAGGUGUUUAUUUUUGCCCGUGUAAUAAUAGGUUUAUUAUGUAAAUAUCCAUGUUCAAAACCCCCCAUGAAACAUGGUUUGAAUCGUGUCCUAAAUUCUUAAAAAAAAAAAAAAAAAAAAAAAAAAGAUAAAUGUAUGAAUAAAUAAAAACAUAAUCAAAUAAAAUGUAGGACUUGUGUGGCCUGUAAUAUUAAAAGCCUUUGGCCAUGGGAUAGAACCUCUUGCGACCAUGGGGAACUGAGCAUGGGUUUGAUAACAGAGAAAUGAGUGGUGGGAAAGGGAGGAACCGUAAGGAAGCUUUAGAACUGUUUGUUAAGUAUAGUUGUAUAAAAUACCUGGGCUUGCUUGUUAAGGUGACAAUUUUGAAUCAAAUUUUUCUUGGUGCAAUGGGAGCAUCAAAGGGAAAUUUUGUGAAACAUGGAGUAAUUGAUUGAUUUUCUCUUCCUUUUUUACUUGAAAAUCAUUGCCUUUGCUAGUUAUUAGGAUUUAUAUAAGUUUUCAUACAUAUUAAAUCAAAAUUAUUUGUUAAUGGAUUAUAAUUUUCCUGCUAAAAUCUGAGCAGUACUUCAGCCAGGUCUCCUUGUUAUAGUUCUGAGAUAGAUUUGUGCUUUCAGAUGAAGGAAUAAAUAAAAUCUUAUAUUCUAUAUUUGGUUUAAUAUAUUAUAGGCUGACAAUCAAAUUUGUAACAAAUGUAACUGUCUUAUUAAGCUGUGAUUGUGUUGUAUGUUGAUAUCACAUUGCACUUUCUUGAAAAAAUCUUCAAAGCAGUAAAUGUGUUAAAGAGCUUUACCUAAUCCAACAUUAAUAUUGUAAACAUUUGUAUCCUGUAAUUGCUUCUUAUUACUUUUUUAUGCCUUUUCACUAUAUACACCAAUGUUUAACAAUAAUUGCCUUAGUUAUGGUGUGUGACUUGACAGUAGAAUCCUUUUGGAACUUAUCACUAAAAUGUUUAAUGUGAUUCCUUCCUACUAGUUUUUUUUUAUUUUUACUUUCCGUCUCAUUCAGAACCUCUUCCUUCUCUUCCCAUCUGUAUUGUAUCUUUUUCUUAUCUUUUCUUCUUGCUUCCCACUACCAGUUGUAGUAUUCAGAAAAUCAUUUAUUUUUUCAUAAUGUUAUUUGUUUUUUUUCUUUAGCUUAGGGCAGUAGCAUGUCCAAAACAAGAUUUUUUUUUCUUCAAAAAGCAAAAUGAAAUAAAAUAGGGAACACAGUUCUCAUCAUAAUCCCUAUGAAGAGAUUCUCUGCCUAUUGAACUGAAAAUAAAAUAAACCAAUGUAAAA